UCAUUUCUCGAACUUGUUUUUGGUUCACCUCUCGAAAGCAAAAUCGCUUCAAAACGAAAAUAAGUUUUCACAAUCUCAUAAACAAAAAAAAAAAAAAUCAAUGGCUGAUCGGAUUAAAGGUCCAUGGAGUCCUGAGGAAGACGAGCAGCUUCGUAGGCUUGUUGUUAAAUACGGUCCGAGGAAUUGGACGGUGAUCAGCAAAUCUAUCCCCGGUAGAUCGGGGAAAUCGUGUCGGUUAAGGUGGUGUAACCAGCUUUCGCCGCAGGUCGAGCACCGGCCUUUUUCGGCGGAGGAAGACGAGACGAUCGCACGUGCUCACGCUCAGUUCGGUAAUAAAUGGGCGACGAUUGCUCGUCUUCUCAACGGUCGUACGGAUAACGCCGUGAAGAAUCACUGGAACUCGACGCUCAAGAGGAAAUGCGGUGGCUACGACCAUCGUAGGAGCUUCGAUGGUUCGGAGGAUCAUCGUCCGGUUAAAAGAUCGGUGAGUGCUGGAUCUCCUCCUGUCGUUACUGGGCUUUAUAUGAGCCCAGGAAGCCCAACUGGAUCCGACGUUAGUGAUUCAAGCACUAUUCCGAUUUUACCCUCCGUUGAGCUUUUUAAGCCUGUGCCUCGACUCGGUGCGGUUGUGUUACCACCACCACCGCUUCCCAUCGAAACGUCGUCGUCUUCUGAGGAUCCACCAACUUUGUUAAGUUUGUCACUCCCUGGUGCUGACGUGGUAAGCCAGGAGUCAAACUGUAGCCAUGAGUCAACGAAUAACAACAACAACACUUCGAGCCGCCACAAGAAGAACAAUACAGUGUCGUUUUUGCCCUUUAGUGGUGGAUUUAGAGGUGCUAUUGAAGAUAUGGGGAAAUCUUUUCCCGGUAACGGCGUCGAGUUCAUGGCGGUGGUGCAGGAGAUGAUUAAGUCGGAGGUGAGGAGUUACAUGGCGGAGAUGCAGAGAAACAAUGGUAGUGGCUUCGUUGGUGGAUUCAAAGAUAAUGGAAUGAUUCCGAUGAGUCAAAGUGGAGUUGGGAGAAUCGAGUAGACAAGUUGAGAUUGUUUAGGUAAAUGUUCAAGUCGUCAUGGAUGAUAUAAGUGGAAAAGAAGACAAAAAUGCUCUGUUUUUUUCUCCUUUGGACUAGGCUUAAGAAUUUUGGGUUUUAAGAAAAUGUAUAGAGGCAAUCGAGUGAAUAAAGCUCGAACAAAAUGGGGACCUAGAGGAGACGAAGACGAAGAUAAAAAUUCAAAAUUUCUCUUAAACUA